GUAUGCGUAUGUUUGAAAAUCUCAUUUGGAGAGAGAAAGAGAGAGGAAAUGGCUUUUCUUUGUCUUGUUGCUCUUGUAAACCUAAGUCUUCUUCAAUAAAUACAUCAGAACCCAAGUGUCAGUUUUGCUUUGUGUGGCAGUUUCAGAGCCAAAUACCCAGAGAAAUCAGAAAAUAGCCACCGAAGAAAGAAGAAGAGAAAAGAAAUACAUACUGCUGCUAUUAUUUUUUAGUUUAGCAACAAAUACUGCUUGUUUGAAGUUUCUUUUCAUUUUUUCUAUUCCUUUUUGAGUGGUUUCAAUGUCUUCGGAUUUCUAUCAUGACUUUGAUGACCCUUUCUACUGCCAUUCAAACUCAGACAUGGUCUUCUCUGAUGGAGACCUUCCCUUCUUCCCCGACUCACCCCUUGAUAUUUUUCAGGCAAUUCCAGACACCCAAAACCAGCAAAAUCCAGUUAAUGAAUCCCACUCCUUUGACCAAUAUUCUUCUACGCUCCUCUCUUCCUCACCAAGCCAUCAAUUCGAGAGUUUGAACCUUUACCAGACCACCCAUUUGCAGUGUUUACCACAUGGUUCUGAUUUGGCAAAUGGGUCUUGGAAUUUGUCUGGCUUGGAGGAUUUGGAGGUCAAAAAUGAAGAAUUUCAAAUGGGCUUUGAGUCUUCUUUCAACCAGGUAUUUGCUCCUCGCAGUUACAGCGGUGGGGCUGAGAAUGUGGCUAAGUUGAUGCAGAGGAGCUAUAGUAGUAAAUGUUUCGAUGGAAAGCCUGGUUUUCUAUAUCAGCCUCGGUUUGAUUCUUUCAUUGAAUGCUCAAGUUUUCAGAACAAGGCCUUGAGCCCCCCGGAAAAUAGCUUUUUUAGUGGACAAAUGAGGAGGGCUUGCAGCACAGGAGAUUUGCAGAGUGGUAAAGCAGCUCAUGCCACCGGCACCCACAGGUCUUUCUCAAGUCCUUUGGCUAUGGAGAACCCAUUCAAUGAGGAAGCAAACAUCAAAGUAGGGCGUUACAGUGCAGAAGAGAGAAAAGAGAAGAUUUCCAAAUACAAAGCCAAAAGAACCCAGAGGAACUUCAGCAAGACCAUUAAGUAUGCAUGCCGCAAAACACUAGCCGACAGCCGACCCCGUAUACGUGGCAGGUUUGCACGCAACGAUGAAACCAGUGAGAUUUCCAAGACUGCAUGUUCAACCAGUAUUGAAGACGAAGAUGAUCUCUGGCUUGAAGAACUGCAUGAAGACAAUAUUGGAACAGUGGGAAUGGGAAAGCUUCUGAACAGUUAUGGAGAUGCACAGUUCCAGUGCUACGGAUUUUGAUGAGUGGAAGAAUCUUUUGCUGGAGGAACUUUCUUGGUCUGGUUCGGACUGCAUGAUCAGAAAAGAAAAUGUUUCUUUUUCUUUUUCCUCUUCUUUAAUGAAUAAUUCACCACAGGUUGCUGAGGUUAAACCUGUGUCUUGGGCAGU